AUGGCAGGCGUGGGGGGGCGCACGGCCCGGCCCCGGUCGCAUCAGCUGAUGGCUGGCAAUGCCUGUUGACAGGAGCAGCCUCCGCGGCGGGACUGGAUGUGAGCGCGGAUGGAGGCCUCGGAAGCGGGAGGCCGGAGCCAGCCGCGGCCCUGGGGGAGGCUGGUGCGGCUGGGCGCGGAGCACGCCGAGCCCCACGUCUUCCUGCUGAAGAGAGAGUGGACCAUCGGGCGGAAGAAAGGAUGUGACUUGUCCUUUCCUGGCAACAAGCUGGUGUCUGGAGAUCACUGUAAAAUCAUAGUGGAUGAAGAAUCUGGUCAAGUAUCACUGGAGGAUACCAGCACUAACGGAACAGUAAUAAAUAAACUGAAGGUGGUUAAGAAGCAGACGUGCCCUUUGCAGACUGGGGACGUGAUCUAUGUUGUUUACAGAAAGAAUGAGCCAGAAAAGAAUGUCGCUUAUCUCUAUGAAUCCUUCAACAUAAAACAAGAUGCAACUCAAGAACCAGUAGAAGCUAAUGCUGAAAAUGAGUGCCAUGUGACCAAAGAUACCUCAAGGACAGAAAGAGGUGAUGAUGAGACCCAAAUUACCUCAUCACUUUCAGCCACUCAGUCUUGCUAUGAGGAACCACAGCCAUCUACUUCUACAUCUAACCUCUUUAAUGCUUCUUCUACCUCUCUUAUUGAGUCUGCGUCUGUUGAGCAGGAUAAUCCUUCAACAUCUGGAUCACAGUCUUCUUUCACUCCUGUGCCUGGUUUCUCCACCCUAGAACCUAAGUAUCCAGGAGCAUCACCUGAUGGACAUGGGCAGCUAGAUGCAAAUAGUGAAAGCUCCACCAUCACUUCAGGUGUUUCUGAUAAAGAGAAAACAGAAACUUGUACAUUGGAACCCCAAGAGGUGGAGGAGGACUUGGAACCUGCUAAGAAGAAAAUAAAAGGAGAUGAGGAUGCUACUCCAUAUCUUCAGGUGACAGCUUCAAGUGAAUGUAUAAUUAAGAUUGGCUCAGAAGAUGCAAAAACAUCAAAUGUGAAACCCGAUAAAAUGGAGGAAACACUCACUUGCAUUAUCUGCCAGGAAUUGCUGCAUGACUGUGUAAGCUUGCAGCCCUGCAUGCACACCUUCUGUGCUGCCUGCUACUCAGGGUGGAUGGAACGGUCGUCUCUCUGUCCAACUUGCCGUUGUCCAGUUGAACGAAUUUGUAAAAACCAUAUAUUGAACAACUUGGUUGAGGCCUAUCUGAUCCAGCAUCCAGAUAAGUGUCGUAAUGAAGAGGACAUACGUAGCAUGGAUGCCCGAAACAAAAUCACUCAAGACAUGCUGCAGCCCAAGGUGCGAAGAUCAUUUUCAGAUGAAGAAGGCAGUUCUGAGGAUCUGCUGGAACUUUCAGAUGUAGACAGUGAAUCCUCAGAUAUCAGUCAGCCAUAUAUAGUGUGCAGACAGUGUCCAGGAUAUCGGCGACACUCUGUUCAGCCACCUCCUUGCCCAGGGCAGGAGGGGGAAGCAGAAGGAUUGCAGGCACUGGGAGAUGCACCAUCCACAUCUACUAAUUUCCCUGCAGCUGUCCAAGAGUAUGUGUGUCCAUCUCAAGGAAGUCAUGUGAUAUGCACAUGCUGUUUUCAGCCAAUGCCAGACCGAAGAGCAGAACGUGAACAGAAUCCACACAUUGCCCCUCAACAAUGCACAGUUUGUCUACAACCGUUUUGUCACUUGUACUGGGGCUGCACUCGGAUGGCAUGUACUGGCUGCUUGGCACCAUUCUGUGAAAUAAAUCUUGGUGACAAGUGUUUAGAUGGAGUCCUAAGCAACAACCACUAUGAAUCAGAUAUUCUAAAGGAUUACCUGGCAUCCAGGGGUUUGACAUGGAAAAACAUGUUAAAUGAAAGUCUAUUAGCUCUUCAAAGAGGUGUCUUUUUGCUGCCAGAUUACAGAAUUACUGGAAAUACAGUGCUUUGUUACAGUUGUGGUCUCCGUAGUUUUCGAGAGCUCGCCUACCAGUAUAGGCAGAAUAUUCCUGCCGCUGAACUACCAGUGACUGUCACAUCACGUCCUGAUUGCUACUGGGGGCGCAACUGUCGGACUCAGGUUAAAGCACACCAUGCUAUGAAAUUCAAUCACAUUUGUGAACAGACACGUUUCAAGAACUAAAUAUUUGUAGUCUGUAGGGAGAGGAUGAAGCCUGAAAUACAGAUCUUACAGUAAAUGUUUUCAGGGGAUGUUCUUAGUUCCCUCAUAGCAGGGAGUCAAUAACUUGCAUCAGGUACUCUGGUGUGACUUUUUUAAUUUGUAGAGUCUUACAGUUGUAUAUGAGUAAGGUAGAAAACCUUUGUUUAAAAAAAGAAAAGAAAAGUGAAAAGCAUUGCAUUCCAUCCUCAUUAGUACAGCGUCCCUAUUUCACUAUGCUCAAAUAACAGCCAUAAAUUGGAGGACCUAAGAAUGAGCAAGGAAUGUGUUUGCACUAAAUGUGGCAGAAAAUGAGAGAAAUCCUUAGAUUUUAAAAUAUAAAUGAUUUGUACCAGUAUCUUGUUGGAUAUUUCAGGAGCCAUUAAUGUCCCAAAAAAAGGAAACUAAGUCUGCAUUUUGUUGUACUCUGGUAUUAUUGUAGUAGGGCUAGAAAAUCCAUUAAUAUUCAUUAAAUAUGCCAUUAAUAUUCGUCAAUUUUCAAAAAAGAGCUGAUUGAUUAUAUGCUCAUCAGAACAUGCAUUUAACUACUUACUUUCCCCUAUCCUUUCAACAACAAGCAACUUCAGGUUGCUGCCCUAAUAGUAUGUACAGUGCUAUGACAGCAAACUAUUACUUUUUUUUAGUUUAGUAGUCCUGUUUCUCUUCAAUGUUAAAGAUAAAAAAUACACAAUCAUUUACAAACCAAAUUCAAAUUUGCAGCAGUAGUUGCCUAUGUCUGAACAAACUUCUGUUUAUUAUCUGUAGAGCAACAUUAUAUCAAAAGACCAAAACAAUAUUCCUGGUACAAAGCAGUCAGUAAAACAAGUUAGUGCAAUUUUUUUAAAUGCAUUUUUCAUUUGUUAGGCUGUAGCACAUAUACAUUUGGUGAAAAAGUUUUAAAAGGCUGUCACUUUAGCAGAAAUUAUCUACAAAACAGCUCCACAACAGAUGAACUUGAGCAAUACGGAGGAAUUCUUUUGCAUUGGGAGGAGGGAUUAUAAAAAGGGACACUGAUGUCAGUGACAUAUUGAGUGAUUGUAGGCUACACUUUUUUUUUCCAAGUGUGUGUUUAAAAAAGCUUUCUGAGCAUAAUAAAAUAAAAAUAAAAACUGAGUGUACGCAAAUAUGUCAUAAUCAUGCAUUUGAGUACACCAGUUUUUUGGUUUUUUAAGUCCAGGAGAACAAAGCAGAAUGGGAGAAAAGAGUACAAAAUUACCUCUGUAUAUAUAUUGUUAUUUUAAAUGAGCCUUGUUUUGCAAACAAAAUUUAUAUUUCAGUACUAAAUACAUACAAUAGUAGGGAGCACAAGAUAACACAGCACAUUGUAUCUAUUCAGUGUCAGUUAAUUAAACCAAUAUAUCCAGUGCUGCACACUUUUAAUAUAAAUGCUAAUUAAAAAUAAUGCAUUUGUGCUCAGAUUUUUAUUCUUAAGAAUAGCUGCAGCAAGGAUGGGUCUAUGGACAAUAUCCCUGAUGCAAUUAAAAAGUACACUUUGUGUGGAUUUCUCUUCCUAAUCUCUGGGCAUUUUUUCCUGUGAGUAAGAUUGAAAUCAGAUCUGGAAUAAUACUUGAAAUGUAACAACAAGAGUUUGUUUCUACUUUUUUUACUAUAAACUAACAAAUAUUCUGUUGCAUUAUUUUAUAUUUAGAAAGUUUUUGGGUUGUUGUUUGUCUUUUUGGGGUUUUUUUUGGGGGGGGGGGAGGGGAAGAAAGGGAUUGGAUGAAUAGUUAUAUUGUAUCUUCUCAGGACAACUAUUCCCAGCUGUCUGGUCUCAGUUUCAUUGCUGGCUGUGCAUGUAGCAAAUUGCAUGCAUUGUGGAAGAAAAAUGCCUUUGCACAUUACAUGCAGAAAUGUCGUUUGCAUUCUCACUCGCCACUUUUUCCACACCCCAGAUAAGCUUUCAGCAUGGGCUUGGCCCCAGGCUAGAGUUCAAGUCCCUAGCGUGCUGAAUUUCUUUUGUUGAGUUACAGAACAUGUCUACAGUACUGUGUACAAUUUCACUUGCACUUACUCAAGCUGUUUGUGUGUAUAGGGAUGUGUAUUACACAACUUACUAAAAUUUGAAAGAAAAAUCUCAUGCUCUUAACAUCUAAACUACCUGUACAGUAGAGAUUUGUGAAAUUACUUGGAUAUACCCUCUUUUUUUUUUCUCCAUUUAGAGAAUAAAUCUGCCUUUCUAUGCAUAGGGGGUUGAAGUAGUGCAAUUGAAUGACUCUUUUGUGGAUAUAUUGUACUUGGAAGAGCUAAGAAACUUUCUUGCAAAUAGGGAGGGUGAAUAAAUCCUGAUCUUUAUAUGCUCUUAAGUAACUAAGGGCAUCUUUCAUGGGUAUUACAUACUCUCUAUACCAGUUCUUUUUAAAUGUAUGGUUGCCAGGUGAUAUUAGUUUCAUGUGAUAACUGUAUAAACUAUGCUUGUGUAAUUGUUUAAAUAGUGUAAAGGUGCAGCAUAUUUUUUAACCUAAGCACACCCCCACCUUCUUUAUAAGAGAGAUUUGGGAGCUAAGCGUGAACUGUUAUAGAUAGGUGUUGUGAAAAUCAGGUUAAUUAUGAUAGGGUUUAAUGUAGCAGUGAAUAAGAUAGGCUCCCUCUUUUGAGAAAGUUCUCUUAUAAAGAAAGUGGAGCGUAGUUCUUCCAAUUUUUUGUGACUUUUCUGGACUAAAAUGUUAUUAAUAAAAAAAACAACUCA